CACCCACGUUUUAUCUCACUCUCGCUCCCUUUUCUGAACAAAGACAAAGGACAACCACGUGUGUCCGGCCACCUAGCGCGUGUAUAUCACGCGCAUUUCGUGUCUCUACAGUUUUACUUUUCCUGUCAUCUUUCUUCGCGUCAAUGUUCAUAACACAUCCCCACUCUGUUUGUGCGGCGGAGUACAUGCAGAUUCAAAUAUCGAACCCUUUGUUUCUCUUUUUUCGGUUUCCGAUCUGUUUUACCGGAGACAAUGGUGGAGACGGCGAGCGGAGAAGGAGAUCACGCUGUUGAACAUGAGUUAUUGCUCUUGAACGAUGCCAAUAUCAGCGGUGGCGGUGGUUGCGACGGCUCCUGGAGGUUGAACUUCGAUGGAUUUCAGUUUUCUUUCGAGCAUAAGGAGAAACCUCCUCGACGACUCCAUGACUAUCUCAGGAUAUCAGGGUCAGAAAACCAUGUGGCAGAAUAUUAUCAACAACAGGUAGAGAUGCUGGAGGGCUUUACAGAAAUGGAUGCCUUAGCAGAACGUGGUUUUGUACCUCGUAUGUCUGCAGAAGAGAAGGAAAGUUUAGCACGAAGGGAGACACUUGCCAUUAACAUAUCUAAUGUUGCAAACAUGAUUCUUUUCAUUGCAAAAAUUUACGCCUCCAUUAAAAGUGGUUCAUUGGCCAUAAUAGCCUCCACUUUAGACUCACUUCUUGAUCUCUUAUCAGGAUUUAUCCUCUGGUUUACAGCUUUCUCCAUGCAGAUUCCAAACCCUUAUCUAUAUCCAAUUGGAAAAAGACGAAUGCAACCUUUGGGAAUACUCGUCUUUGCCUCUGUAAUGGCAACUCUUGGACUGCAGAUAAUUUUAGAGUCUGUGCGCACAUUAGCAUCAAAUGAGAAUGGGUUUAGCUUAACCACGGAGCAAGAAGAAUGGGUUGUUGGCAUCAUGCUUUGUGUGACCUUAGUCAAACUUGUGUUGUGUAUAUAUUGUCGAUCAUUCACCAAUGAAAUUGUCAAAGCCUAUGCUCAAGAUCAUUUCUUUGAUGUAGUCACAAAUCUCAUUGGCUUAAUAGCUGUACUACUUGCUAACUAUAUCAGUGACUGGAUGGAUCCCGUUGGAGCUAUAAUACUGGCAAUGUACACGAUCAGGACGUGGUCUGUAACAGUGGUGGAGAAUGUGAAUUCUCUUGUUGGGAAAUCAGCAGCACCUGAAUACUUACAGAAACUUACGUAUUUGUGUUGGAAUCAUCACAAGGCAAUCAGACACAUAGACACUGUAAGGGCUUAUACGUUUGGGUCUCAUUACUUUGUGGAGGUGGACCUUGUUCUACCCUUUGAUAUGCCUUUACAAACAGCUCAUGAUAUUGGUGAAGCAUUACAAGAAAAGCUUGAGCUGUUACCUGAGAUUGAACGUGCUUUUGUUCAUCUUGAUUAUGAGUUCUCUCAUAAACCCGAGCAUGCACAUGCACAUGUUUAAAAAUAAACCCCAAUCACAAGGAACUUGUCGAUGUAUUCAUGAUCUGUCUUUCAGGAGCUAAUGAUGUGUGUAUGAACUAUGAUGAAAGCGAAAAUCACCAGUUUCUAACGUAUAUAAUCCAGAUUUUUCAUCUCAUUUAUCACGUGGGAGGAUGAUAAUUGGAAACUUGGCUAACAAUGCUUUCAGUGGUGUUGAAAAUCAUUUCAAGUAUUUCGAAAAACUUAUAUAAUCUCCUAAAUCGUUAAAAAAAAC